GCAGAGCGUUCAGUCCGCUAUGGCAGUGAGACACGGGUGGACGUGAGGGUGGAGCGCGAUUUCUUCAUGCUGUGGGGUGCUAUUACACUAUUCUGAUGGUGGUGGGUGUCUAACGUUCCUUCAAGCACUAACUGUCACUUCUCAAUACGACUCUUCACCUGCAAGACCUUUUCUCGUCACCUCCCCGAGGACUCUGAAGGGCGUACACAAUGCGGGCCAAGCAGAACCUAGGGAAGGCCCAGCGCCGGGAGAAGCCUUGCUUUCGGAUCGUCUCCAAGACGUCGGACAAGGCUAAGAAACAGACGACCAUGGACUCCUUCGUGAAGAAGAAGGCGGAGCAAUAUUUAAAGCAGGAGGCGACGCAGAAAAAGAAGGAGAAGGAGGAGGCCGCUGAGAAAACCGCGGUGGCGCCGAGCCCCACGAAAGGAAAGGCGGCGGUGGACAAGGCGGACGCCCCUGCAGCGAGUCCGACCAAGGGGAAGGCCGCGAAGACCGUGUCCGGAGGCGCCGCGAAGCCCGCCGCCGAGAGUCCCUCCAAGGCCAAAUCAUCUAGUCCCAAAAAGUCAGAAAAGAAAGCUGCCAAGAAAGAAACUAGUCCGAAGAAGGAAGUGAGUAGCGAGUCAAAGAAAGUCGAAACCGCCAAAGAAACCACCAGGAAAACCACAAAGAAGAGAGCCACAAAACAGAGCGAAGCCGAAGACAAAGCCGUAGAUAAUUCGGACAAGGAGAAUGCGGAGGAGAGUCCCGCGCUGGAUCCGAAGCCUCCGGCCAAGGACUUGGAGAAUGAGGACGAGGAGAAUGAGGAUUCGGAGGACUCGGAAGACGGGAUGAAGAUCGACUUCAUGGACAUGGAAGACGAAGGAAUCUCCGACGCCGAGAAGUCGGAGAAGGAUUCCGGCGGAGACUCGUCUCCGGAGAAACACAUCAUUAUCCUUGAGCGCGGCAAAUCAGACCAAGAGGAAGACAAUAAAGAAAAGAGGUUUAAGUGCGGGAUUUGCGGGAGGCUGUCGUCGGCGAAGGCUGACCUUUUGAAGCACGUCCGCAUCCACACAGGUGACAGACCGUACAGGUGUAAGAUCUGCAACGUGGCUUUUGUUCAGAUCACUGCGCUGCGAGGCCACGAGACCAUCCACACGGGCGAAAAGCCCUUCCGGUGCGACGUGUGCAACAAAAGCUUUGCUCUGAAGGACCGUCUUCGUCUGCACAUGAGGGUCCACACGGGAGAAAAACCUCACAAGUGCGACCAUUGCGACCAAACCUUCGCCCGACGCAGCCAAGUGACUCAGCAUUCUCGCGUCCACACCGGCGAGAAGGCGUACGAAUGCACAGAAUGCGGCGCCCGUUUCGCUUCUUACCACACACUGAAGGGCCACAUCAUGGCCCAUCGAGGCAUCAAGGAGUUCCAGUGUGGUGCUUGCGGGAAGAAGUUCAUCCGGGUCGAGGGCAUGUACAAACACAUCCGCACAGUCCACCGUGGGUCCCGGCCUUACACCUGCAACCUGUGUGGGAAGUCAUUCAAGGGCCACCUGCAGCAGCACAUGAGACUUCACCUUGGUAUGCGGCCUUUCGAGUGCUCCACCUGCGGAGCGACCUUCACUCAGAACUCACAGCUUACGGUGCACAUGCGAAUUCACACGGGAGAACGCCCAUACAAGUGCCAAAUCUGUGGAGCUGCAUUUGCACACUCCUCUGCCUGCAAGAUUCACAUGCGAUCUCACACGGGAGAGAAACCCUUCAAGUGUGUGCUAUGCUCCGCGGCCUUCUCGCAACUGCCGCACCUCAAGAAGCACAUGAAGUGUGUCCACAACGCCUCCAAACCAUACCUCUGCACCGUGUGUAAGGAGUUCUUCCAGACGCAGAACGAACUGGAGAGCCACGGGCGUCAGGCGCACGGGUUGGACAAGACGGCUGAGCAGGAAGCCGAGGAGAUCGUCGAGGAAUCGACCUUGGCUCGGCUUCGCAACCGCCUGGCCGUCCUGCUGUACCGCAUCUCAUCCGAGGAGCGCCGGUGCAAGUUCGGCUUCGGAAACCGGCUGGUCGACGACGUGCUUAAGCUCUCCCUCGAGUCGUCCGGACACGAGCCCAUCAACGACACGUCGCUCUCCCGCCUCGACGAGCUGCGCAAGAACGUGCUCCUGCUGCUGAAGUGGACCAUUCCUAAGGAGACGAUGGAGGAGUACCACAAGAACAACAUGACCGUGGAUGAGGUCCUGGACAUGCUCACUUCUUAAUGAUGCUGUGAUUAGGCAGAGUAAUGUGAUCCAAUGAAUUGUACAAUAUUUGGGGCAUUAGCUGUAAGGCAAUCUCCAGAAUGGUAUUAUAUAUAUAUUGUUAAGAAUCUUGUAUAGAAUGUAGAAUGACUCAGUCUUCUCUUCAAUCAGGAAUAUAUCGUAGGUAUAGCGUGAUUAUACCUCUUUUAAAUUUAUAUGAGUAAAACGAAGGAAUGUGCAAUGCCAGAAAAGUACCAAAUUUCGUGGAUUUUGCAAUAUCUAAUAUUUUUGCACUUUUAGAUUACCAUAGUCAUUAUAAACAUUCUCCUUAAUAGCGAGGGCAUCUUGAUUUUUUAAAAGUAUGUAUAUAGAUAAAAGAUGCUAUAAAAUACUCGUAUGUUUUUGUUGAUUUGUGUUAUUUAAGUGGUAGUGUAGAUAUUUACUCUGAUGUACAUGUCUCGGCUAAAUGUUGUGUCAUAUGAUAGCGUGUAGGAAUCGAAGAUUUAUUAUUUAUUAAUGAAACCCUGAAUUCAUUGUUGCCAUAUUGGGGAACUGGACAUAAGUGCCCAUUCUAGUCGUCUUGUCCCGGGCUGCAACCUGUUCCCGUCAUCACAUAGCUUGUAAGUGUCUUUUAAAACCGUGCAAAGUGCAAUAACUGUGCGUUGAAUCGUACCAAUCGUACCUGCUUACCAUGUUCUGUCGCGAUCUAGUCUGUUUUGUGGUGCCAAUCUGCAACUGCGUCCUAUUACUGGUGGCAGUUGACAAAUGUUUUGUCUUUUGUCUGUAAUAAAUGCCAUUUCCACUCCUGUGUUUUAUACGUACUAGUCUUGUGUUGGUGCUAAGUGUUCCCAUGAAUUUGUUUUUCCUUUUUUCACCGAAACUUUUACUUUCUGUUUAUAUGUAAUGAAUUGUACAUGUUUUGUUAUCUCACCUGGUUAGAUGUCCUAGUCUUUUGGAGCAAUCGGUUCUCUCUCUCUGUCGCUCAUUUUCAGUUAUUUUAAUGCAUGCUCUAAUUCUGGCUGUGGAAGGGCGCUGUUAUAAUCGUUUUGUCAGACAACUUAUCUGUUUUUAUUAUGUAUUUCUUUAGUCCUUUUAGGCAUUUGCACAUAUUAUCUCUUAAAAAAAGAAGAUACGACGUUGAAAUGCGAGACCAACUAGCAUACAGUAAGUUACCUGACAAACUCUACUCCAUUGGUAGUUCCUGUCAUGCUGUAGGGUGCUUUAAGGACUGUGAAUACGGUGGUGGUGGGUUUUCAAUCACAGGCAUUGUAGUGGUUCAAAUCACAGGUAUUGUAGUGCACGUUUUACCUUGAAUCUGUGGCUUCUGUUGCACACCUCUUUGGAUGGCGAGUCGUCACCGGGGUUUCCUUCAGAGUGGUGUGCAACAAAGGCUGAAGUAGAGACUCUCUAUUCCUCUUAAUCGAUCGAUAUUCCUCUUGGUAGAUGAAAGACUACACUUACGAUAAGGGAUUCCUUUUGUAAUUAUUCCAGUGCAUGUUAAAAUAGUGUAAAUGUAUUUUAUAUUUUUUCCCCUAUCCGAAGAUACGAAAAAAAGGUCAAUCGAUUUCUAAUUUAUUCGCUUACUUGUAUUGUUCUCAUUCGCCAAUGAAUGUACUCAAUCAAGUCUACUUAACUUUGUAUACAAGCUUGUGUAAAAUUUUGUUGAUCAAUAAAAUAUAAAAUGUGUA